AUGUCAGAACCAACAGGCAGGGUUCUUCUUACCGGAGCAAACGGCUUUGUUGCUGCGCACAUAGUCCAGAGUCUCAUUGCACAGAGAUAUCACAUUGUUGGUACUACCCGCUCCAAGGCCAAAGCUGAGCAAGUUAUUGCGCUCCAUCCUUCAUGGAAACCUCACAUUACUUGGGUAUACAUAGUCGACAUUGGAGCUGCGAAAGCCUAUGAUGAGGCGUUCCGGAUGGGGCCUUUUGACUAUGUCAUUCACAAUGCUUCACCCGUCGACUUUACCGUUAAGGAUCUGCAGAGUCAGAUGAUCGAUCCUGCAAUUCGAGGAACAACAACUCUUCUUGAAGCGGCCCGGAGCUUUGGAGGACCUUUACUGAAGCGUAUCGUAAUUUCGGGCAGCACUUCCAGUGUGUCAAACUACUUCCAACCUGAUAGCAAAGCCCGUAAGCCGUGGACGGAAGCUGAUUGGAAUGAGGUCACUGUUGAGUACGCAAUCGAAAAGCAGGAUGCUUUCGCCGCAUACAUGGUAUCCAAAAAACUAGCUGAACAGGCAGCAUGGAAGUUCAUGGCUGAUUACGAGCCGAAAUUUGACAUCGUAGUGUUGAACCCGUACGUCAUCAUUGGGCCAAUGCUCCAACCUGUGGCUGGCCCCGAGCAAGUGUCGAGCACCAAUGCAUUCCCUGUGUACAACUUCAUCAACGGAACGUACAAAGAUAUCAAUGGACUUCUCUUCCCAGCCUGGUAUUUUGUUGACGUGCGCGACGUGGCGCGCGCGCACAUUCUGUCCAUGACCACACCAGCUGCAAGCAACAAACGGAUACUACUUGUCAGUGGCCUGAUCACGCCACAAAUGAUCAUCAACAUCAUUCGGAAGCAGUUUCCAAAACUACUCGACCGAAUCAUUGAGGGCAACUCCGAGAAACUGGUUCCGGACGGAAUUGAUCCGACGGACUGGGAUGUCAGCAGAAGCUUCGAGAUUUUUGGGCCAGAUUGGAAGUACAUCGAUUUGAAUACGACAGUUACAGACACUGUGAAGGAUCUGCUCAACCAUGAAGAGAAGUGGGCCAGCGCAACGUAG